CCGGGCUGGGAAAUGGGCCCUGCCAGGAGCGAGGCGGCCGGAGACCCGCACGGGCAGCGCCCCCGCAGCUGGCGGAGGGGCACGGGGGCGCCAGCCGGGCCAUUUAGUCGCUCACAGGAGGCAGGGUCCUGCCAGCGCCCCGGGGCAGCCGCCCCAUGGGGAAACUGAGGCACAGAGAGGGGAGGUGCCCAAGGGCGCGUGGGGAAACCAGUGGCGAAGCUGGCAAUGGGACCCAGGAGUCUCUGGGGGAAACAUCCGGCUGGCCCCCACCCCGCGCAGCUCCCUGCACCUUGCAGAACAGGCCUCGCCAGCGCCGUGGGGAGGGCCGGGUCCGUCAGACCUUCCUGCCCCGGCAGUCGGGGGCUCGGGGCCUUUCUCCCCCAGCCUGGCCUGGCUGGGGGUGGGGGUAAUGGAGUCCUACCCCCAUCACUGUCCUGCCAGGCAGGGCUCACCACAGGCCAGGCAGGGCUCACCGGCACCGGCUGCCAGGAGGAGGAUGGUGCCCCCAUUUCCAGGCCUCUCCAGGGGAAGGGGUGCUCACUGCAGCAGGGCAUGUGCCUCCCACAGAUGCUGUCGCUCCCAGUCCUCCGCGCAAGCUUCCUGGCCAGGAGAGGUGUCCUGGGCCUUGCCGCCGUCCGAGCAGCGCACAACCAUGGCAAGCCUGUUGCCAUCCAAGAGGACAUGUCGGUGCCCCAGUACAUGGAUAAACGCAACCACCCGCUGCCUGAUGUCCCGUACCACAGGGACCUGAGUGCGGACGAGAAGGCGCUGACGGAGAAGCAGAAGGGCUCCUGGAAGGAGCUGAGCAAUGAGGAGAAAGUGGCCCUCUAUCACAUCAAGUUCUGCCAGACCUAUGCUGAGAUGAACCGGCCGUCCAACGAGUGGAAGACCGUCCUCGGAGUCACCUUCAUGUUCCUCGGCUUCACGGGACUCAUCUUGGCAUGGCAACGGUACUACGUGAUGCCCGACAAGCCGCACACUCUGUCGGACGAGUGGAAGGCCAAGCAGCUCAAGAGGAUGCUGGACAUGCGCAUGAACCCUGUGGAGGGCCUCGCCACCCAGUGGGACUACGACAAGAAUGAGUGGAAAAAGUAGGGGGGCCCUUCUCUGCCCUGCCAGCUGCCCCCGCAGGACGUGCCUGCCACUGCCCUGCCCGAGAAGGAUGUGCCCGCCAGAGGCCAGCGCCAGGCUGGGGCAGAGGCUGUAUUGCCAGCCCCUGGCUCAGUCCCCGCCCUGCUAAACCGUCUCUCUGGUGCCUUCAUCCACGUGCCUUGUCCUGAGCGGGGUGGGAGCUGGCCCAGGUGCUGGCCUGCCCCAUGGGGGCUGUCCCGGGCCCUGCCCUUCUCUGCUUCCUGAUUAGCACCGGUUUCAAGGGCACGCCAGGCAGCUGGCACCUGAUUGUGCAGAAUAAAUCACUACGGGUGAUCCCA